AUGACAGUAAAGGUGCCACAUGUGACAGUGUACGUGCCACUUUUGACAGUGAGGGUGCCACAUGUGAGUGAGGAGGCCACUUGUGGCGGUGUGGGUGCCACUUGUGACAGUGAGGGUGCCAUAUGUGGCAGUGAAGGUGCCAGAUAUGACAGUAAAGGUGCCACAUGUGACAGUGUACGUGCCACUUUUGACAGUGAGGGUGCCAUUUGUGACAGUGAAGGUACCACAUGUGAAAGUGAUAGUGCACCAUGUGACAGUGAAGGUAUCACAUGUGACAGUGAAGGUGUCACAUGUGACUGUGAAGGUGCCACUUCUGACAGUGAGGGUGCCACUUGUGACAUGAAGGUGCCACUUCUGACAGUGAAGGUGCCACUUGUGACAGUGAAGUAUCCACAAGUGACUGUGAGGGUGCAACUUGUAGGUCAGGGUGUCACAUGUGACAGUAAAGGUGCCACUUGUGACAGUGAAGAUGCCACAUGUGACAGUGGGGGUGCAAUUUGUGAUAAUGAACGUGCCACUUGUGACAGUAAAGGUGCCACAUGUGAAAGUGAAGGUGCCACUUGCGGCAGUGAGGGUGCCACUUGUGACAGUGAGGGUGCUACACGUGACAAUGAAGGUGCCCCAAGUGACAGUAAAGGUGCCACAUGUGAUAGUGAAAGUGCCACAUGUGACAGUGAAGGAGCCACUUGUGAGAGUGAGGGUGCCACUUGUGACAUGAGGGUGCCACUUGUGACAGUUAGGGUGCUACAUAUGACAGAGUGGGGUGCCACUUGUGACAGAGAAGGUGCCACUUGUGACAGAGAAGGAGCCACUUGUGACAGUGAAGGUGCCACUUGUGACAGUGAGGGUGUCACUUGUGACAGUAAAGUUGCCACUUCUGGCAGUGGGAGGUGCCACUUGUUUUAG